UUCAAAGAGAGGUGUGCAGAUUUCCAAGACUGCCAUGUUCUGGUAAUCAAGGCUUAGCUGAAGGACGCCGAUUGUGGGAAGGAGGUAACUAUAGUACAUGUAUCUAUCCCGCAGGGCAUGGUGGUUUACGGCGUUCUCGUAUACCCAAAGCUUCUAGAGAGCCGGACACACAGCAGUGGUCUAGUCCUUCACGUUCAUCCUGGUUUGACUCUCACUCUCGAAAAAAGCUCUGUGUUGGCGGAGAAGUUAUACUUUGGAUCUUCCGCUUUCAAAAAUACCGACAGAGCCACUCUAAAUGGAAAAGAACUCGAGAAGAACCUAUAUCAUAACAACGAGCAUAUGACGUCUCUAGUUGUCAAGAGGGUACGUGGCAGCGUGGAAGUGAGAGGAAUUCUCAGUCAUCAACAUGGAAUUGCUCCGGUGGUUACAGCCAAUAACACCAGCAGUGGAGAUAUUCCACACCGGAUAUUUGAUGUCCAAGAAAGAUCGUCUUCAUUCGACGCAAAGCAACCAACUGGGAAACAAUAUGAACUUAAGGUAUUUACAGUGGAGACAUGUAUUCUGACAAGCAUCAACUACACCCGUUAUUUUAACUCAACAGAAGAAAUAAUCAUCUACCUCGCAGCUAUGCUGAAUGCGGUGGCACUGAGAUUCUCUGAAAUGGUUUGUCCAACCAUAAAGUUUCAACUUAACCAAGUUCUGCAGGUUCCGGACGAAAAAAUUUUCGGCAACAGCACUUGCGGCACACCAAAGAAUAAGCUUAUAUAUAAAGAAGGCACCAUCGUCUGCGGAUUUGACGCUGAAGAUACGUUAAACAAGACGAUAGAUUAUGUAAAUCUCUGUGAGAGUGCAGCGUGCGACAUUGUUUACCACAUAACCAGAGUAGCGGCAAGCACGCGCCGAGGUUAG